GAAAAUCUCCGCCCAUGCGGACAGCUCUGUGGAGCAAAGCGAGCAAACACCGCACGGCCAACCUGAACUGUCAGCUGUAGCAGGAGUCCUCUGCAGAGUACCAACCAGCUCGACAGAGACACCCAGGAAGGCACGAAAGUCAAUUUGAGAGAGCAGCAUGAAUCGCUUUAAGACCUCCAAAUUCAAAAACACCACUCCGAAAAUUGCCAAGAAAGAUGGAUGGAUCAACAACGUCCAAGGUGGCUCCUUCUCCUGCCAGGGGAACCACAUCAAAGCAAGCUCCAAGUUUGUGGCCUUUAACACCGAUCAGGCUGGUGGAGGUAUGCUGGGCCUGUCCUCAGUCAAACCUGGUUCAGAUGGACAGUGGACAGUCACGCAGAUUUCCUGCCAUUCUGAUCUGGUGACUGAUAUGGACUUUUCCCCUUUUGAUGAAAGUCUCCUGGCAACAUGCUCUGGAGAUGAAACGGUGAAGUUGUGGAGUUUAUGUGAUCCAGAGCUGCAGCAGCCCAGCGCUCCUCAGCUGACCCUGCGUCCAGGGCAGGGCAGGCUUGAGCUGGUGCUUUUCCACCCCACCUCCUCUGGCUUGUUGGCCGUGGGCGCCACCAAGUCCCCCAUGAUUUGGGACACCGGCCGCCUGGAUACACCACUAGCAGUUUUGGAGCAGCACGGUGACCAGCUGCAGAGUCUGAGCUGGAAACAGGACGGCUCUCUGCUGGCUUCCUCCUGCAAGGACAAGAUGCUGCGAGUGUUUGACCCCAGAGCCCAGCUGACACCUGUUCAGAGUGCCAAGAGCCUUCAGAACAACAAGGAUUCACGCAUCCUGUGGGCCAAAGAGGACUUUUUACUCACCACCGGCUUUGAUAUGAUGCGUACUCGGGAGGUGAGGCUUUGGGACAGCAGGAAGCUGAGCUCAUCGGUCAGCUCGGCGUCGCUCAGCACUUCCAGCGGGAUGGUGAUCCCUCUGUUUGAUGAUGACACCGGUCUGCUCGUACUGGCUGGCAUGGGGGAUACUGUGUUUGAUUGCUUUGAAGUUUCUGCCUCUGAGCCUUUCCUCUCGCAAGUGAGCCACUGUCUGGCGGACACCUCUACACGAGGAGUUGCCAUGGUACCCAAGCUGGCGUUGGAUGUCAUGUCCUGCGAAGUGAUGCGUGUGCUUCAGCUGACAGACAGCUGCAUUGUGCCAAUCAGCUAUCAAGUCCCUCGCAAGCAUACAGGUCAGGAGUUUCAUGAAGAUCUUUACCCAGAUACAGUGGGCACAACUCCAGCCAUGUGCGCUGAAGAGUGGUGGAAGGGAGGGAACCAGCAGGUGGAGAAAGUCAGCCUGGACAAACAGCUCAAACCAAAGGCUCCACCAGCAAAACAGAUGUCUGCAAAGAAGGAGCUGGCCAGUGGGGGGAGCAAGGAGGACCCGCCACGUGGUUGCUCCACCUCUAGUAGUCCUCUAAGCACUCCGAGCAGUAGCGCUGACCCGUCCCGCUCUCCCUCCUCCACCUCCGGCUUGUCCUCAGGCUUCCUCCCCAGCCUCAGUGCCACUCAGAGUGCCAAGGCCAUCCAGAGCAUGCUGGGGCCGACCUCCAAGUUCCGUCACAUUCAGGGUACGAUGAUGCACCGGGACACGCACAUCACCAAUCUGCGUGGCCUCAACCUGACCACACCCGGCGAGUCAGACGGCUUCUGUGUCAACCGGCAACGCGUGGCAGUGCCCCUCGCCAUCUCCGGGGGACAGAUCGGCAUCUUUGAGCGCUCUCAGCCUGGCAGGAUACCUGACACAGCGCUGCCCACCAUCCAAAACUCUGUGAAUGUGGUCGACCUCUCUUGGGAUCCCUUUGACACACACCGGUUGGCUGUUGCUUGUGAUGAUGCAAAGAUCCGGGUGUGGAAGGUACCAGAGGGAGGGCUGAAAGAGACCCUGACCGAGCCUGAGGUCAUCUUGAGAGGCCACACUGAGAAGAUUUACUCCAUGAAGUUCCACCCUCUGGCCAGCGGACUCCUCGUGUCUUCAUCCUACGAUCUCACCGUCAAACUGUGGAACCUGGAGACCGGAGAACAUGUCAAAGUCCUCACCGGACACCAAGACCAGGUGUUUGGCAUGGCGUGGAGCCCCAAUGGCAAGCUCCUGGCCACAGUGUGCAAGGACGGGAAAGUUCGCAUCUAUGACCCUCGCAAGUCCACCGCACCUGUGCAGGAGGGCCCAGGUCCUGAGGGCCACAGGGGAGCUCGUGCAGUCUGGGUGUGUGAUGGCAAGUACCUGCUGGUGUCCGGAUUUGACAGUCGCAGUGAGCGAGUGCUCUACCUGUACUCUGCUGACUCCCUAUCCUCUGGAGUUAUAGCCAGCACCUCUGUGUCCGUCUCCCCCUCUACGCUCAUCCCUUUCUACGACCCCGACACCAGUGUGGUCAUCCUCACUGCAAAAGGUGAUACCAGAGUGCACAUUUAUGAGAUAGUCCCUGAAGCUCCGUACUUUAUGGAGUGCAGCAGCUUUAACUCUCCUGAGCCACAUAAGGGUUUGGCCUUUCUGCCAAAGACGGAGUGCAACGUGCGUGACGUAGAGAUAGCUAUAGGACUAUUGCUCACCAAGACGACCAUAGAGCCAGUGGCCUUCAAAGUGCCACGGGUCAAGAAAGAGUUUUUCCAGGACGAUGUGUACACAGAGACAGCAGUCUGUUGGGAACCGGCACUGACUGCCUCUGCCUGGCUGUCUGGCUCCAACGGCCAGCACAAAAAGAUCAACCUAAAGCCUAAAGACAUGACGCCAGUGAGUGAGGCCCCCAAAGAGGCUCCAGUUAGGAAAUACCUGCCCUCAUCUGUUUACCUGGAGGAGAAGACCGAUGAACAGAAGAAGGAGGAGCUGCUCAGUGCCAUGGUGGCUAAGUUGGGGAACAGAGACGACCCGCUGCCACAGGAGUCCUUCGAGGGGGUCGAUGAGGACGAGUGGGAUGACUAGAGGGGACGCCAUCUUGCCUUUGGUGCCGACAGCAGAGAGGAGAGAACAGAUCAGCUGUCAAGUCACGUUGCCAAUUGUGUGUGUGCGAUGGUGCCACCCACACUUCCUCUGAGCUUAAACAGCCGACAUCUCAGCCUACUGUUCAAUGUGAAAGUAUAAAUGAUUAUGGGAAAUAAAUCACAAUAACUAUAGCACCCCCUGAUAUCAGUAUGUAUCACAAUAUCUCUAAAAGUUUGGAAAAUCAAAUGUCAUGUUGUCUAGUUUGGUGUUCAUCAUAUCCGACUGCAUGGAAUUCGAUAUGAAAAAAGAAAAAUCAACUGUAAUUCUUAAAUAUUUUAGAAGUCAUUCUGGGAUCAAUCUGGCAUAUUAAUUGCUUUGUUAUAUUAAUGUUUACGUCACACUUUUUGUGAUAUUUCGACAGAAAUCCCACCAUAUAAAUAUCAGAAAAUAGUCCAUUAAAUCAGGACACCUCAAACAUACCACACUUCUGUCAGUGCAAGGGGAAUUAAACUGCUGGCAAUCCUAGCAAUAAUAAGCUUUAUGUUACCAGUUAACUCUCUUAAUGGUUGUACCAGACCAAACUAGAACUUUUCUUUUUAAGUAGUAGAGUAUUUUAACACAACUGUUGUAUAUGGCUAUGGGUUAAGCAUGAUAAUACACUCCGUCAGUCCUGAUAUACAAAAUAAUGGCCUCCUCUUGUGCCCGGUCUGUUAUUUUCCGAUAUAAAUACCAGGUUGUGUAGCGUUGCAUACAAAGUUGUUAUCUGCACAUUUACCUCCGCUGUGUUACCACUGCUUUUACUGGCCGGUCAUACGAGCACGCUCAGUCACAAUGUGUCUUUGAAAGGUGUAAUGUUGUUAAUGAUCUCAUUGAAUAAGUGAAUCAUCAUACAUCUGAUAAAAAAACAACCCUCAUCUUCCUGUUUUAUCAGGUAAAACACACACACGAUUACUGUAACAUCUUCAAGCCUUCCGUAGCAAAAACCACACUGAGGAUACAACAGGGUCACCAGUGUUCAUGUUUGGCCAUGAACUGGAAUUUCUUAUGACAAUAACAUUAAGUUCACUUUUUCUUUGUUAGCCAAUAAUAUAAUAAAAUGCCAUUUCAACAAUAAUGUGUUGCUGUAUAAGUUAGAUUUGAUUUACUGUUUUGCCAUCCGGUAGUUUUAUAAUAGUCUUAUAAGAAGGGGUUAAAGGUCAAAUAAGCUGCGGUGUUGUUAUGCAUUAAAAGCCAAACCUCCUCCUCUUUGGGAGUUUUUAGAGGAGCCUUUGUAUACUCUGAUUCUUUCCUUUCUCGCUUUUCUUCUUUUUCUGGGCAACUUUUAAUCAUGACCUUUGUUGGUUCUUCAGACUGUUUGGGGAUAUUCCUCACUUAAAUGAGCUAAUUUUCUUAUCUAAUGUUUACUAGUAGUAAAUGAUCAUGAUGUUGAUUAUACAAUAACAGUACAGUAUUAAUAACGUACAAUGCAGCCAUAACAGAUAUCAUGUAUUUUCCAAUCAGGGCUACAGCAAUAUCGUCAAUAAUCCAGGCUUGAACCCUCCAUUUGUUAACAACCUCUGAUGGACUGAAACAAACCAUCGAUUCCGCCAUGCAUGGUCGUGCACAUCAUGUUAUACAGGUGAACUGCAGGUGUCGUCGGUAUUUGUGUGAUGUACACUGUAAGCGCUUGUGAUUCUUGAACACCAUACUUGUAAUAUUUGUAUUGCAUUAACUUGCCUUCCAUUGUGUUAAAAAAAAAAAAGUACUUCCUUUUUAUACAGUGGGUAAAGCGUUGUUGUUGUUUGGUCUGUCGUACUUGAGGAAUGGUUUGUGGAUGUUUUUUCAAUAUUGUCUCGCAAUAAACAUUUUUGAACCCAA